AUGCCUCUCAACUUCAACUCCAAACAGAAGCGCGGCGAGUACCAUGACGGGAAAGCGCAAAGUACCGGAAGAGUCAACACGUUCGGCCAGGUCGCUAUACAAUUCCACAGGAACACGACGCAUCUGAAAUACUGGUUCGACAAGCUCCAGAAAGAUUCCGCGGCAUGCCGACCACCGGGAUGCGCAAAACCGCGAAGAGGCAGCACAACUCUGGUGGAUGAGUUCAUCAGCGACAAGACCAGCAGUAUCGGCGCACCGCGACUGAACAUCGCGAUACAUAUUCCUGAUGGAUGA